GUGUUCGGUCAGACUGUGUCUGAAGCACACGCGUGGCACCAGAAGCUCUAUUGAGACAUUCAAAUUCUCCUUCAUAUCAGUAAACAAGAACAUUUCCUACACCAUAAGAAAAUCAUCUAAAAAUAGAAGUGCGAUAUUUUCCACAUCCCUUACUCCACACUGUAAGAAAAAAAAAGGUGCAAUUUUGAUUCGAUUUUGCGAAGUUGAUUUUUAUUUGCGAUUCAAAAUCAUUAACCUUCACAAACACGACACGUUUAGCCCAAUUUUCGCAGUGAAAUUCCACAGAGUGUUGAUUUUAUCUAUUUUUACAAUUUUCAUUUUAAUAUCUCUUACAACGUGCGACAGAUGAAUUUAAGAGAGUGUGGGUGAAUUUUUCGCCGCAUGUGAUAGAAAACAGACAUUCUUUGCGAGAGUGGCUUUUUUGAGAAGAAUUUCUCGCUACUGGAUUUUCCUUUUCUCCAACAUACACUCAAAUUGCCACUAUAAGAAGGUUCAUAAACACCUGGAAACUCCUAAAACGCGACCACUUCUCCUUGUGGAAUAUAUCUGUGGGAGAUUGGAAUGAAAAUUAAAUGUGCAAAGGAUGUUAGUAAAAGUGAAUGGAUUUCCCAGAAGACAUCCUAAGUGGUGUUAUUGUUUGAGUAUAAAAAUGAAGUGAAUUUCUUUAGUGAAAGGAGUGAAGUUUUUAGAGGAAAUAUUUAAUUUCUGAAGAGAUAAAUGGCAUCGCCAGGUGACCCAAAGUGGUUAGCGAUGAGCUCUGUAGCGAAUUCCGUAGUAAAUAGUAGUCACAGUAUCCACGGGAUACCACAGCAGGAUGCAGCUAUUAUGGAUCUGGAGCUAAGCUAUGGUGAUGCAAUCCUCGGCAGCGAUGUAAUUUACACAAAUGGAUCACGAUAUGAUCUCAUUCACAACGAAAUGGUUCAAACAACGUUCUGUAUUCUCUACUUUAUGAUCUUCGUCCUCGGUGUGGUGGGCAAUGUCCUCGUGUGCUUUGUGGUGUUCAGAAAUCGCGCCAUGCAAACAGUGACGAAUCUAUUCAUCACAAAUCUCGCCCUAUCUGACAUCCUCCUUUGCUUCCUGGCCGUGCCCUUCACCCCAAUGUACACAUUCACCCGUGGCUGGGUCUUUGGUACAAUUCUCUGCCAUUUGGUACCCUACGCCCAGGGCUGUAGCGUCUACAUUUCCACACUGACGCUCACAUCUAUUGCAAUUGAUCGAUUCUUCGUCAUCAUCUACCCAUUCCACCCACGGAUGCGACUCGCCACGUGCAUCUACAUCAUCGUAAGCAUCUGGGGAUUCUCCCUUCUUGCCACCCUCCCAUACGGGCUCUACAUGAAGGUGUUCGCAAUGAAUCACACAGGAGUAUGGCAAAACUACUGCGAGGAAGAUUGGCCAUCGGAGCAGUAUAGAAAAAUUUUUGGAUCCUUCAAUUCAACUCUCCAAUUUGUUCUUCCCUUUCUCAUUAUCUCCAUUUGCUACACCUGCGUGUCCGUUAAACUGAACGAUCGUGCACGCACAAAACCAGGCUCGAAGACAUCACGUCGCGAAGCAGCAGAUCGUGACCGGAAGAAGCGAACAAACCGGAUGCUAAUCUCCAUGGUUGCUGUCUUCGGAAUUUCCUGGCUACCCCUGAAUGUUGUCAAUAUAUUCAAUGAUUUCUACGCACGUACGGAGGAGUGGCGGUUCUACAAUGUAAUUUUUUUUAUUUCACAUUGUGUCGCAAUGUCCUCAACGUGCUACAAUCCAUUCCUGUAUGCAUGGCUCAAUGAGAACUUCCGCAAGGAGUUCAAGCUAGUUCUUCCGUGCUUCCAUCCUGUUCAACGACGCAAUGGGAUUCUGCCGAGUGGUACAAAAUGGCGCUCUGAAAGGACGUGCAACGGCAACAAUGAGACCGUACAGGAAUCCCUUCUACCAUCAAGCUAUGUCCGUUCAAGUGGUGUCACGGAAAUCAUCCCACGUGGCCCAACAGGACACGAUGACGAUCGUUUACCUAUGAAGCUCUUCAAUAGCGUAGACACCAUACUCCUGUCCGAGGUGGCACCUCCAGCAACUGUCACGGGCACCGUUGUCCUUCCUUCUGGUGUCCUAGAAACUCAAUUUGACUCUCCCACUUUGCCACCAUUAGUAGCACGACAACCAACGAGUCUCUUCUAAGAAAUGCCAACAAUGGUAUCUAUACAUUUGCGGCAUGAGGACCCAAAAAAGCUGAUGGGGUGGAUAUAAGGAAAUCCCAGCAGAUUGAAAUUUUCACAGAAAACUCAAUACACCUCAUCAUAUCUAUAUAUUUAUAGAUUUAUGUAUGUAUAUAAUGAACACUCCUCGAUGGAGAUAUCAACGAAAGUCAUUAAUAUAGCGUGCUUAAGUGUAACAUGAAAAACACUGGAGGAUUCACUUUGCAGAAGAAAAAAUACUCCCAAAAUGAAAUUCUUCACUUCCCAAAAAUGACAGAGAAAUGAUUUUGUCAAUUAGAUUUAUUAGAAAAAAGAAUCGGAAGUGAUGAUAUUUCUGAGAAAGUUUUUAAUUUAUUUUUUUACGUAAAAAAAAUACCCAAAUUUUUAAAGAAAAAAAAACGCUUUACAGUUAGUGCUCG